UCUAAUUAGGCAAUUUGUUGAGUCACUCGCUCGGGUUCCAAAGCCAAUGUUUUACACCUAGGUUUAAGUCAGUCUACGCAUCUCUUCACACUUUUAUACUUUUCACUUCACUAAUCUCGGCUAUGACUAAAAGAACGACCCCUCUUCUCCGGGCACUGGUUGAGAUGUCUGAAGUGCAUUCUUCCGAAUUUGUACGAGGUAAUCCCAACAGAGCAUAUAUUAGCCCUUUCCACAGACCCCUAAGCACCAGCUUGGCCCUGCCAGCUAGACAACCCAUCCUGCCUCCAUCCUCUCCAUUUCUCCAGAUCACGCCCUCACGCAGCUUCAUCGACCUGGCGGCUUCCAUUGCUGGCCGCAGGAUGCAGUUCUCCGAAAGUCGCAGCCUAGGGUACACACCAGAGCAGAUGUACAGCGUAGUGGCCAGUGUGGACCAGUACCAGCACUUCGUCCCAUGGUGCAAGAAGUCCAGGGUCGUGAAGGGAAGGGGUGGUGACGUCCAGGCCCAGCUGGAGAUUGGUUUCCCCCCCGUUGUGGAACGUUACACCUCCGAGGUCACGGUGGUCCCGAACCACCAAGUCAGGGCUGUUUGUUUAGAUGGGUCCCUGUUCAAUCACCUGGAGGUUGUUUGGAGAUUUUUCCCUGUGCUGAAGGAUCAGCCUGCCUCCUGUAACAUUGACUUCUAUGUGUCAUUCGAGUUCAAGUUCCUGCUGCACUCUCGGCUGGCCUCUGUAUUUAUUGACGAGGCUGUGAAGCAGAUGGUGAAUGCCUUUGAGUCGCGGGCAGCCGAACUGUACGGGAGCCCCCACACCUCCUGCCAGGUGCCAGCAUGGAGGAGGGCAGCAUAAGACACCCCCACUACACUCGUUCUCCCCUAAACAUGAACUGAAUUGAGACCACAUCUAUCUACUGUUCAAUGCAGCGACUGGGCCUUCUGUCUGGAUGACAUCCUAGUUCAAUGUUUUCUCCUCUUUUGGAUGUCAACGUGUGGCCCCGUCUGGCUCACUGAAAACGCCAGCGUUGUGGGUUUGGUUCCCACAGGGGGGCCAGUUGGAAACAUUAUGUAUUCACUCACCACCGUAAGUCACUUAUAAGCAUAAUGUGACUGACGACAUUUACAGUGUUGUUAAGUACACUGACGCCUAUUUAUUAUCACAGAAGCUUUAAUUUAUUGAAUUUAAUGUACAUACUGUUUUUGUUUUAUUUUAAAUGUAAGUAGAUGUUUGUCGGAUGUUCAUGUUUGAAAGGGACUACAGCAUUUCUUAUUUAAGUUACAAGACAAAGAUGUGACCAAGUGACUCUACUGCAAUGCAAAACAUUAUAUUUAUGGCCUGCUUUUUCUUGUCCGUCACUUAAUAUAUUUAAUGUGAAUGGAAAAUUAAAAAGUAAAUGUUGAUUA